AUGGAUGAAUUCAACUACAACCGUGAGGAUUUAGCAAAGAAACAUGUUGGUUGGAAAAAGAUGCUAACAGAAGAACAAAAGAAGAUCUAUGAUGAGAUAAUGGAAGCUGUUAUCAACGACAAAGGUGGUGUCUUUUUUUUAUAUGGAUUUGGAGGAACAUGGAAAACUUUUUUGUGGAAAGUAUUGUCUGCAACAAUAAGAUCCAACGGUCAUAUUGUUCUCAAUACAACAUCUAGCGGUAUUGCAUCUUUACUGCUGGAAGGAGCAAGAACAGCUCACUCUAGGUAUGCCCUUCCUUUAAAUCCAAAUGAAACUUCUACUUGCAACAUGUCACGAAGCUCAGAACUUGCUGAAGAAAGAAUUUAUCUAAGUUCUGAUUCAAUUGACCCUCAAGAUAAACGUGCCCUGAAAAAUAAGGUUUACUCACCAGAUUUCCUUAAUACCAUUAAGGUUUCGGGUAUACCUUGUCAUCGGCUUCGUUUGAAAAUAGGUUGUCCAAUUAUGUUGAUGAGAAAUAUUGAUCCGCAUGGUGGUUUAAUGAAUGGUACAAGACUGCAGAUCACCCAAAUGGCAGACCAUGUUUUACAAGCUCGGAUUUUAACUGGUACGCGAGUUGGUAAGAUAGUUCUCAUACCUAGGAUGUUGAUAUCACCAUCAGAUGCUAGGUUGCCUUUCAAAAUGCGUCGAAGACAGUUCCCAGUCUCAGUUGCUUUGGCAAUGACUAUCAAUAAGAGCCAAGGCCAAUCUCUUGAAAAAUUUGGGAUAUACUUGCCUAGACCCGUUUUCUCACAUGGUCAGUUAUAUGUAGCAAUGUCAAGGGUUAAAUCAAAGUCUGGAUUGAAGAUGUUGAUAACAGAUAGUGAGGGAAAACCUCAAACAAAGACAACCAAUAUUGUUUUUAAAGAAGUUUUCCAAAAUCUCCAUUAG